UCUUUUACAACCGCAGCUUCACAUUAUAUCUGUAAAUACAAAAAUGCUCUGUUAGGGCCGUCCAGCACUGAGCUCACCUCACGUUAAAGGACCUGUUGCAACUUCAAGGUAGCGAACACAAGAGCAGAGAGAGUGGGAGGAUCGCUCUGUUUCUAUCCAGGUGAGCCACUGCAUGCUUUCGAAAAAAAGCAAGAUGCCUAUUGCAGCCUGACGCCUCACACAAUGAGGUGCAUCCUACAGAUUAGGGAACGCAUUAGCUGAAGGGUUAGUUUGCAUUCUUUUGAAACUUUUUAUGCUGUCUUUGAAGAAUAUUGUCACACAAGCGGAAAUUGUGAACGUAUGGGAUCUAUAUAGGGCUGUUAUCUGGAGUGGAUUACUGAAGUACAUGAACUGUGUGAGUAACAGGCUGGCUUCACACAGACAGAGGUCCUUGAACAUCUCAGUGGGAAUACUAAAGCUUUCGUCUCUUAAGUUGGUACUGGUCAAGACAAAACAACCAGCAGCAUGUUGCACACAGUCAGUGAGUGGCUGUGGUGGGAUCGCCUGUGGCUGCCAGAAAAAGUCUCCUGGUCUGAUCUGGAGGACAGUGAAGGUUGUGUUUACGCUAAAGCCUCUCAACUCUACGCUGCACUGCCCUGUGCCCUCUGCCUGCUCUUCAUCAGAUUCCUGUUUGAGAGGUAUCUGGCCACACCACUGGCUGAUCUUUGGGGAGUCAGGGAUCGUGUUCGUCUCACAGCAGAGCCAAACCCUGUCUUAGAAAAGUACUUCUGCAGCCAAGCACGGUUUCCUUCACAGACUGACUUGACGUAUCUUUGUAAGAAGACCAGCUGGCCAGAAAGGAAAGUUCAAGUGUGGUUCAAGAGGAGGAGGAACCACGAGCGUCCAGGUUUCCGCAAGAGGUUCUGCGAGGCCAGUUGGAGAUGUGUGUUUUAUUUGUUUGCAUUUGUUGCCGGAGUGCUUGCUCUCUAUGAUAAACCUUGGCUUUAUAAUCUGAAAGAGGUUUGGGCAGGCUUUCCUAAACAGUCCAUGCUUCCAUCUCAGUACUAUUAUUACCUCUUGGAAUUGGGCUUCUAUCUUUCUCUGCUUCUUAGCCUCACAUUUGAUGUGAAACGGAAGGACUUUAAAGAGCAGGUGACCCAUCACAUAGCCACACUGACUCUUCUGAGUUUCUCCUGGAUUUCAAACUACAUCCGGAUAGGAACUCUUGUGAUGGCCUGUCAUGACUCGGCUGACAUACUGCUUGAGGGUGCAAAGGUAUUUAACUAUGCAAAGUGGCACUGGUCUGCUAACACCACGUUUGUGGUGUUCACAGCUCUCUUUAUGCUGACCAGACUUGUCAUUUUUCCUUUUUGGCUGAUACACUGUACAUGGGUGUACCCACUGGAGGAGUUUGCUCCCUUCUUCGGCUAUUACUUCUUCAAUGUGAUGUUAUUGGUUCUUCAGAUACUCCAUAUUUACUGGGCUGUUCUCAUAUCGCGAAUGCUUUUAAAGUUAAUAUUCAGUAAGCUGGAAGGUGACGAUCGGAGUGAUGAAGAAGAGGCUGACAGUGAUUCACCAAAGGAAAGAAACAACAAAUUGAGUCACAUUAACGGCUCUGGAGCCAGAGGCCGUGCAAAUGGUCACUGACACGUUUACUGAUAAAAGGAGAUGGACAAAAAGGGAAAUGAACAGCAGACAUGAGGACCUGGGUUUCAGCAGCUGGAAUAUAAUGGCACUUCAAAAAAUAGUAGAUACACUCAAGCAACAAUAAUUAUAUGCAAAGGAACUGUGAAGGAUUGUAGUCAGACAACAUAAUUUGAAGCUUUGUCCUUUCUGGAGUUCGCUGAAUUCAAAAUAACUACUAAUCUGUUUGAAGUCAUUAUUAAAAAUACAGGAAUACUCUUUAAAAUGAUGUGUUUUUUAUGUUGUUGAGAAUAAUAUAGUUGAUCAUGGAAAUUAUAAAAUUCAAUACGUGUUUGUAUGUGCUUCAACGUGUGUUUGGUGAGGCACAUCGUGCGAAGCUCUACA